AUGAAUGUUCAAGAUAGAAGAAGACUAUUAGGUCCUCCAAAUGCAAAGCCCAUUGCUUUCAGUCCUAGUAUAGGUGAAAGAAACGUCAGUGAGACAAAAGAAUCUAAGAAUUUAGAACAGCAAGUUACUUUCAAUACCGGUCUUAUUGAGAAUUGUAAUGGUUCCUCUUUAGUUGAAGUUAUAGAUCCAAAGCUUUCAAGACAUCAGACUUCUUUGAUUACAUCUGUAUAUGGUCCAAGAGCUAUCAAAGGUUCAUUUACAUCUCAAGCUAAUAUGACAAUACAAUUAAAAAACGGAUCUGUGGAAAAAUAUAAUACUAGUGAAUUAAAAGAAAUCUCGACAUUUCUAACGGGUGUAUUCAAUUCUGUAGUUAAUUUAUCAAGAUAUCCUAA